AAUAGGAACAAUUAUCCGACUUUUUACAUUUUUAACAUUCCAUGAUCGAAACUAGCUAUGGCUCCGCCACUGUCCUUACAACGUUAUGGAAUUUCAAGAAGCCAAAUAAUGAUCCUUUUCACGCUGGCUGGACCAGUUUUUACAUACGAUCAGCUCAGCAAUUGUAAGAAGACAGAUUGAUCAAUCUCAGAAGCUGACUUAUGCACCGUGGAACAAUAUCACGAACCAAGCAAGCAUACAGACAAAUAGCACCUUUCUUCCCCAACAAUAUAAUGAGCUCUAUACGGCAGCGUACACACAUACACAUCUUUAUCAAACUCCUAAUACCUAACGUAAUAUUGAAGUGAUAUUUUCGACUUUAU